CUCCAUAUUGCUGCGGAGGCAUUAGAGGAGACGGGGGAGGGGGCGCCGGGGCUGGGCGUCGCGGUGGGGGGGAGGAAGCCGGCGGCUCGAGCCCCCCGUGGCCUCGGGGCGCGAAUCCACCUGAGCGGGGCGAGGGAGCCGGGCCCGGCGAGGGAGCCGAGAAAGUUUGGGGCGUGCUCGUUGUGUGAGGAGAGCCUGGAGCAGGGGGGACGCGGCGGCUCUGCGGGGGCGCAGAUGGCUACCCAGGUGGAGGCUCUCCUGCCCGCAAGCUCUCUGCUGCCCUCCGAGGAGCACGGACUGGCGGUCAAGAAGCCCCAGGAGAAGGGCGAGCGCCUCAUGCACCAGGCGGAGAAGGCCAACGCCGACGAGGGCAAGGGGGCCGGCCCCGACAGCUGCAGCAAGGAAGGCGGCGGCGGCGGCGGCAGCAGCAGCGUGGGGGAGCAUCCGCGCCGGAACGGGGCGCUCAAGCCCCCCAGCAUCAAGCAGCAGAAGGAGGAUAGUAACAACCAGGAGAAGGAGAACCUGCUGCACCAGAGGAGCGGCGGCGAGGCCGGCAGCAGCAGCGGCGGCGAGGAGGGCGGCGAGCAGGGCGGCGUGGGGCGCAAGGAAUUCAUCGAGGCGCCCCCGCCCAAGGUGAACCCUUGGACGAAGAACGCCCCUGUGGCGCUGGUCACUCUCAACGGGCAGUCCCCGCCAGAGCAUUCAACCCCAGCCAAGGUGGUAAAAGCAGCGAACCCAAGACCACGGAAAGGAAGCAAGGUUGGUGACUUUGGGGAUGCCACAAAUUGGCCAACGCCAGGAGAAAUAGCUCACAAGAGUAUCCAGCAACUGGCACAUAAGCCCCAGUCUCUCCGAAAACUCCCUGUUAAGAAGAACAUGAAGGAACAGGAGAAGGGGGAAGGGAGUGACGGCAAAGAGAAUAUGAAAACCAGGUCUGAUGAAUCUGGGGAGGAGAAGAAUGGAGAUGAUGACAACCAGAAAUCAGCUCAGAAAAAAAAGGGCAACAGGCAUAAAUGGGUUCCACUGCAAAUAGACAUGAAGUCUGACGUGCCCAGAGACAAAACUGCUUCUCGCAACAACAGACAGAAUGAGCAGCACCGGCAUCCUUCUAACAACCGUAGUGAAUCAAAAGGUUGGCAUCUGGAUAACAAGCAUGAACGGAAUUGGCCGGAUCAUGAUGAAACGUCCAGUGUCAAGAGUGAGGGUGCAGCUGUGCGUGGUGCCUUCAGGGGCAGAGGCCGUGGUCGGGGACGGGGGAGAGGGAGAGGAAGAGGAGGUACUCGCUCUCACUUUGAUUACCAGUAUGGUUACCGGAAAUUUGAUGGUUCUGAUGGUUCACGUGCUCAGAAAUACACCAGUAAUAUCACCUAUUACUUUGACAACAUCAGUAGCACCGAGCUAUAUAGUGUUGACCAAGAGUUGCUCAAGGAUUAUAUCAAACGGCAAAUAGAGUACUACUUUAGUGUGGACAACUUGGAACGAGACUUUUUCCUGAGGCGGAAGAUGGACACAGAAGGUUUCCUUCCUAUUACCCUCAUUGCCAGUUUCCAUCGAGUACAGGCCUUGACCACAGAUGUUGGCCUUAUCAUUAAGGCACUGAAAGACAGCAAAGUGGUAGAGAUUGUGGAUCAGAAGAUCAGGAGAAAGGAAGAACCAGAGAAAUGGCCUUUACCUGGACCUCCCAUGACAGACUAUGCACAAACUGACUUCUCCCAGCUCAUCAAUUGCCCAGAGUUUGUGCCCAGGCAGAGUUUCCAAAAGGAGACAGAAUCUGCACCUGGGUCUCCCCGCUCUGCCAGUCCCGUGCCAACCAAAACAGAGGAAGUUAGUAAUCUGAAGACGAUGCCUAAAGGCCUUUCUGCCAGCCUGCCAGACUUGGAUUCGGAGACAUGGAUUGAAGUGAAGAAGAGGCCUCGGCCUUCCCCAGCCAGACCCAAGAAACCAGAAGAAUCCAAGAUGCCUCAGAAGCAGAAGGACCAGGAUGAACCUGAAGAGUUGGACUUUCUGUUUGAUGAGGAAAUGGAACAGAUGGAUGGCCGUAAAAACACCUUCACUGAUUGGUCAGAUGAGGAUUCAGACUACGAGAUUGAUGACAGGGACGUGAACAAGAUUUUGAUUGUGACACAGACACCCCCUUAUCUGCGCCGGCACCCAGGGGGAGACAGAACAGGCAACCACACAUCCAGGGCAAAGAUGAGCUCAGAGUUGGCCAAAGUGAUCAAUGAUGGACUUUAUUACUAUGAACAGGAUCUGUGGACAGAGCAGUUUGAGCCAGAGUACUCUCAGAUAAAGCAAGAAGUUGAGAACUUCAAGAAGGUUAACAUGAUAAGCCGAGAGCAGUUUGACACUCUGACACCAGAGCCUCCUGUUGAUCCAAAUCAGGAAGUCCCUCCUGGACCACCCAGGUUCCAGCAAGUUCCUACAGAUGCUCUGGCCAAUAAGCUCUUUGGUGUGCCAGAGCCUUCAACCAUUGCCCGAUCUUUGCCAACAACUGUGCCAGAAUCCCCAAACUACCGCAAUGCCAGGACUCCACGGACUCCUCGCACGCCUCAGCUGAAAGAUCCAACGCAGACGCCCAGGUUUUACCCAGUGGUUAAAGAAGGCAGGUUGAUAGAUGCCAAGACACCCCGGAAGAGGAAGACGCGGCAUAGUUCAAAUCCUCCAAUGGAAUGUCAUGUUGGUUGGGUGAUGGAUUCCCGAGAACAUAGGCCUCGAACUGCAUCCAUCAGUUCCAGCCCUUCAGAAGGCACCCCAGCCAUCGGCAGUUAUGGGUGCACUCCACAGUCAUUGCCCAAGUUUCAGCACCCCUCCCAUGAGCUCCUUAAGGAGAAUGGUUUCACACAACACGUCUACCACAAGUAUCGCCGGCGCUGCCUUAAUGAACGGAAGCGACUGGGCAUUGGUCAGUCCCAGGAAAUGAAUACGUUGUUCAGAUUCUGGUCAUUCUUCCUUCGUGAUCACUUUAACAAGAAAAUGUAUGAGGAGUUCAAGCAGCUGGCCUUGGAAGAUGCAAAAGAAGGGUACAGGUAUGGACUGGAGUGCCUUUUUAGAUACUACAGUUACGGACUGGAGAAAAAAUUCCGGCCUGACAUAUUUAAGGAUUUUCAAGAAGAAACUAUAAAAGAUUAUGAAGCUGGGCAACUUUAUGGACUUGAAAAGUUUUGGGCCUUCUUAAAGUAUUCCAAAGCCAAAAAUUUGGACAUUAACAGCAAACUGCAAGAAUACCUCAGCAAAUUCCGGCGCCUUGAAGACUUCAGAGUGGAUCCCCCUAUAGGAGAAGAAGGUGGCCACAAGAGAUAUUCAUCAGCAUUGGGAGUAGAUGGAAGGAAGCGAUAUCCAUCCCAGUCUUCCAGCAAAUCAGUCAGCCAGACCCCCUCCAAUCAAGCCCCUGUGUCAUCUAGCCAAGCCCCCACCUCUUCUAGCCGGCCUGUGCAGGAGGAUGCCAAAAACCUGAGCCAGCCACAUGCCGUUUCCACAGCAACUGUGGAAACCCAAACGAUGGGGAAAUAAACACACCAGAACUUCUGAUGGAAAGGGGGGCAGGGACAGAAAAGGAGUUGGAAUGUGGGUCUUGAAGACAACUAGGUUGCUUGCGGGAGGUGGGGACUACAAUGCACAUGAUUUCUCUUGUUGGCUGGAGAAACAAGAUGAUCCAAGUUGAAAGCAUCCUUUUCCUCGCUGUGAUUAAGUCAUUGGUAGGAGCCAGAUCCUCACAUUUUCAUGUCUUAUCGCCUUUUGGGGGUAGGGUUGGGAAGCGGGAGAUUUUUUUAUAAAUAUAUAUAUAUUAUAUAUAUAUCAAGUUUUAAAUUAUUGAUAGAAGAAGUUUGUUGGGAUUUAACCAAAACAAUUCUGCAUCAUGCAGCCACGUGAUCCAGCUCCUCCUCGAACACUGAUCAACUAUGCAGCCCACUUGGAAAGCUGGAAGGGCAGGCAGAACAUUUGGAAAUGAGCCUUUGGCUUUCCAAGCCCAGCAGCAACCUUGCAGUCCAGAUAUGACAAUGCACAAGGAGUCCCUUUGCCACUGUCACCAGGGUGACUUCUGUUAUGGCUCCCUUCCAUGCUGCUCACCCUUUCUGUCAUAGACUAGCUACUGGAAGUCAACCAAAGGACCUUGGCUGAACACAGGCCCACCUCACCUUGGGCUUGCUCAGUUCCUUUUGUGUGAUGGGUAGAACAUAAACUCGCACAUUGUCUCCCUUCACAUAGGAAUUCUAAUCUCAUUAUGAGACUUCGCUGAAAGAGCUUUCUCUUAAACAAAAACAAAAAAAAUCACAAACUUAUUUUAAAAAAAAAGUCUGUUUCUUUGCUUCCUUCCUUGAAAAUAAGUUGCCUUAUUGUGGAGUUGGGAACUUGGAGGCCUCCCUGACUUCUGAGCAAGUUUUGAGCACGGUAUCUGUUUGGGACUCAGCCAGGGUGUGAUGGUCUCUGCUGUUUCCCCAUUUCUUUGCCUGGAAUAGCUGGAGAUUUCCCCUCUGACCUGGCUGUGCUUGACAUUGUGGAACAGUACUCGUGACAUCUGGAUGAAUGUUGGUUCAAACCACGUGGACACUUCCCUCUGGAGCAGAGGGUACUAGGGCACUUCAUUCUAAGACUUUGCUGUUGUGUAGUUGAUGCUGAUGUAAAUGUGUCAACUGUUAUGGUGCCCUUCUUGGUCCAGCAACUACAUGUGCUAUUGCCUCACUCAGACCUCCAAGUGUGCACUGCCAUUCCUUCCUUUUCCCACCAGGAGAGGCCAGGAACUAGCCUGUUCCUCUCAUGAAUUCUUCCUAUCCCAGGGCAGGCAGGCAGAUGUGCCAGGAGUGGGUAUUUUUCACAGAGGAGCUACAGAGGCAUUUCAUGUCUCUUAACAUGUGGUUGCAGAAUGUGUACACACAGAAAUCAGCUUUAAAGCAAACAAGGUGGAUUUUUUUGGUGGUGGCUUCCAAAUCAGAGGCAGCUUGCUAAGUGUUAACGUUCCUAUGCAGGCUUCCCUUUCUGUAGUUGCUUUUAACCAGUGGCAUGUUAGCCUGCCUUCCUCCCCUAGGUUGACCUUGUAGCCAAGGAGGGCUCAGCUGUUUAAACUCUUCCCUAGCUACAGACUCGUUGACUGUCUUGCAUCAUGAGAUGAUUACUUCAUGUAUUGGAACUAUGUCCCUCCACUCAGUGUAAUAGGGCUGGAUGGAAAACACCUUGGUUGCUUUGUCUUGGUUUAACAGUUGGAAUGAAGUCUGAAACUAUUCACAAUCUGUGCAUGUGUAGUUCUCAACAUCUUAAUAAGCAGUUGGUAUUGGAGCCAUAGGAGUGAACAUCUGAGAAGAUGGAAGUGUCUACAACUUGUUUCUGGCAACCUGUUCUGUUUUUUCUCGUGCAUUUUGUAACUUCCCUUAUGUAAUGUCCUGGUUCCGCAAGCCAGAUAAUUGAGUUGAAGAGAAGACCUGAACAUGGUUGUUGUGCUACCCCAGCUUGUUACUUAAUUCUUAAAAGGAAUACAACAGUAGGUGUGAAAAGGGGGUACAGUAUCAUUUAUGUGAUCCUCCCUACAUACCAUGGCUUGGACCCAACCUCUCCCCUGGAUUAUGAGUAGCAGGCACUUCCCAGGUACACAUGGUAGUGUGUCACCAAUUUCCUGUAGCUGCAGCCCCUUGCAUUUUCAGUUACUUUGGAGGUCUCACAACUGAUGGGAGGGUUUUUGGGGAGAUGUGCUGAAUUUGUUUCUAGAUGAGGAUGGAGGGAACCCUUGGUGAGCUGAAGCAGGCCCCGUGGUUUUCUGGAUCCGAGCCUGUGUGUGUGGGAUGGGAAGAGAUGUCUUCAGGUUACCAUGUUUUUAGGGUUUUUGUUUUGGACAUAUUUGUAGUAUGAUAAAAGCUGCUGAAAGAGUAUGGCCCUGAGGCCUGUGUCAGUGAAGAUAAAGUAAUAUUCCCUGCAGUUAGCCAUUUGGAGCAUAAAUGUGUGAAGUUAGGGUUGGGAGGAAAUGGCUGAUCUAUCACUCUUCCUCUGUGUGAGUGCAACAGAUGGAGGGAAUGGGCUUAUUGGUAGAGAGAGGCCUGUUUUGUCAAGCCAGUGUUUUAGCUGUGUCAGAGGAUGCUGUCGGUGGGAGUUUACAGAGCAGCCUUGGUUGACUACACAAUGCAUGGCCUGUGGUUCUAGCAUGGCCAGGAAGCAGCACACUUUUUUGGGGGUGCUGUUUCAGUUGUAAUCCUGGCUGUAUCAGAUCCCCAGCCUGCCAUUUAAUAGCAUGGGUAAUAAAAGAAAGCAUUCCACUGUUUUUCCAAACGUGGCAGAGUGCCUAUCCUGAGCUUGCAGCGCAACACCAGAAUCGGCUGUCUAGGCUUCUUUUGAGCUAGCUUUUCAUUUCUCUAGUUCUGUGUGCUGAAAUCAUUCAGGCUCUUUGUUACACUUGGGCAGGGGUUUUAGCAUGUAGUGACAUGGAAAUGGCAAUCUUACUGUAUAAAGAUACAGGGAAAAUGCAUUUAAUGAGGUGACAAGGUGGAAAUAUUCAGGCUAGAUACAGUUGUGAGAUAACUAUUGCUUUUUGCCAGCUCUUUUUUAAUUUUAAAAGAUAGUUUUGAACUUCCUCCCAGGGAUUGUCAGUUGCACUUGCAAUGACUUGCCUUUCAUCUAAGGGCUCUGGGUAAUAGUGUUUGUCUUUGCUGAAGAAUUGAAGGCAAAGGAAAGAACUACCAGGUGGUCAGAACAUACUUGCAGUGUAUAACAUUUCUCUUUGGAGCAAAGCAUACAGGUAGGGAAAAGGUGAUUGACCCAUAAUCCGUUUAAGAAUGGGCUCAUUGGUUCUUAUCUGGCUAUCGCUGGGUAUACAGUGAUACAACUCUUAUUCAUGGCUGUCAAGACAAACUGAAGAUAAAUCACCUUUGAAGAAGCCUAACCUUCCAUUAUAUAUAGGAUAAAGACAGUACAAUUUCUGGCUAAAGUUUACCAAGCAGAAAUGAUGGAUCUUGCCACUAUCAGUCUGAGAAAAGAUCAAAUGUUAAAGAAAUCCCUAUGUUGUAACAACUUGUGUCUUAGUUUACAAUACGGAACAAGCUCAACAGAUGUUAGUCUCCGAUGAACAGAUCCUUGCAGUGGUUGUACCUUCUCAGAAGACAGCUCCUCAGUUCUUAAAUAGAAAGCCACAUGCCACUGCCCUGUAUCUGAGGCUGCUGUUAAUGUAAGAGCAGUUUGUUUCCCAGUAGCUGAUUUUCCUGUUGUAGGGAAAAAAGGUGUCUAAAAUAUCUGACUCAUCCUGGACAGCUGGUGCCCUUUACAGAUAGGUCAGGUGAGAGGUCUGAAAUCUGGUUUAGGAUAGAUAGUGGAAGUAAGUGACCUUUAUUACUACGUGUUGGUGCUCUGUCUAUCCUAUCUCCCUUACUUUUCCUCGUCUACUGCUUGCAUUUGCUUUAACUGCAGUUGGGUUCAUUCAGGGCUCUGUACUACUUUUGAUUAGUUGACUGUACUGUUAAAACAUGACACAGUAACCUCAGUACUCUGCUAUAUAUCAGUUUUUAUAAAAUAUAAAUGGGAUGGGAGCCAUUGUCCAUGCUUUUUUGGUUUUCUUUUGGUUAGGCAAAAUCAGUCAGUUAAUGCAACAAACUCUGCAGUGCUCUAUUAUCUCUUCACGUGGAUCCUCCUUCUAAAACUCAGAUUUGUCAAUAACUUUUAAAAAUCAGCUAGAUUUUUAGAAGGGAGGGGUAGCAAAAAUGUAUCAAAUUUUUUAAAAAUAAUUUCAGUGGAGUGGGUUUUUUGAGGGGGUGGCAUCAUAGUUCAUCUCAGUAACAUGGGAUUAGAUGUUUUUUUUAAAAAAAAUCUAAAGGUAACCUUUUUGUUAGUUUACAUUUUCACUUUCUGAAGACACUUGAACAUAGGACCGAUGUAUCUGUGAUGAGGAUGCCCUGUGGUUGGAAACAUGGAAAGGGCAUGGGCUUAAAGCCAUUCCUGUGUGGUUUUACAGACUUCAUUCUUCCAAGCCUGAUGGCCAUCUGUUGCCCUCUUGUUUAUUUCCUUAAAUUGUAUUGUUCUUGUAUCUAUUCAUCCUCCAUCCCAGAAUAUAAAUCUUGGUACAGUGUCGGGGAGAGGGGCUUGGACACUCACAUCUCUUGCAGACUGGGUGGGAUAUCAGUUCUUUUGGCGUAAUCUUUUGCCCCCAAAUGCCUUCCUGGAGUAUAGUAACAUUUGUGUGGCGGUGGAACAGGAAUGGCUGGAUGUUCCUCUUCUUGUUGGCUUUGUUCAUGAAGUAGUGCACUACCAUGAUGGUUGGGAUCUCCAGCCUGUUUAAAACUGUGACUCGGAAGUCAACGCUGAGCUUUAAAUGGUGAGGGUUGAGAUUUCAAUAGCGCGAAGUCUGUAUUAAGCUGCUAAAAACUAGGGAUAAGCAACCUGCAAAUGAUGCAGUGAUUGUUUUGUAUAGAUGUCUGGAAAUUCAGUCACAGUGGGAAAGAACAUCAAGGUUUUUUGGUAUGCUUGCUCUCCUUGAGCAAGUUUUUAAAAUACGUGCUCCAGCCUCACCCCUUCUGCUUAAAAAACAAAACCAGAAGUGUUUGCAAUCACUUUCAGCUGUAUUUAUUCUUGAGGUUAACCAUCUGUUACCAUAUAUCAUCUGGGAGGAAAAGAUCUUGUUGAUAUGGCCCACCAUGCAAAAUCCCAUAUCCUGUUAAUAGUAUGUAAUUCUUAACCCAUGUGCUAGGAUUGCCAUCACAUUGGGGGGAGGGGGGGAGGAAGAGGGAAAAAUGUAAAAUACUUGAAUGAAAGCUUGUAUUAUAAACAGUAAUAUUAUUCAGAGUAUCCGCUUUCUAGGCUGAUGUGACUCAUUCUAGUAGUGCUUUAGUCCUUUGUAAUUUGUGGUAAUUAUGCUUUUUCCUUUUUAAUACAAAAAUGUAUAAAAAUAAAAACCUUAAAAGACCA